UAACAUUGAGUUGAAUAAUGGAGGGAACUGGGAAUUUUACAAAGGUGUUUGUUCUGUAAACCCUUUUCGGUCCUUGUUUAUAUUGCGAUAAAUAAUUUGGCAUUACAUUUAUAAGGUUGUAGAGAAUUAUACACUUUAAUAAUUCCAGUGUUACAAUACUAUGAUGUUUAUUAACUUGUGGAUAUAGAAUUUCUCGUCAUUGUCCUAUCUAUUUCUAACAAAACAAAUACCAAUUUGACGAAAUGGAUUUAAUAGAAACCAUUAAAAAAGAUAAAGCAUAUUUAAAGUGUAAAGCUAUUGUAAAAAAUUGGGAAAACGAAUUUAAAAUAAAAAACUCUAGAUUACCAUCAAAAUUCGACAUAAAGGAAGCACCUGCAAAUAUUAAAUAUGCAUAUAAAAAAUACUUUCAGCUUAAAAGUGCAGCUCUUGAAGAUUCCCUAUUAAUUUGUGAUUUUGAUGAUGUUCCUGUAGAGUCUCCAAGUUCUCCUAAGACUAUAGAGUGGCAAGCAAUAAAUAAUACAGUCAAUGAAACUGAGCAAGAACAAUCUAUACCAACAUUACCAAGUGCUCAAGAGUUAGAUAAUAUCUUAUCAGCAACUAUAACUAGAGAAAAUAAUUCAAAACUAAGUCCUUAUACUGAAAAUUUGUCAAAGAAGUUAUUCCACAAUAGUAAAUUUUCCCUGAGAAAUCCUAGAAAAUUGUUAUUACCAAAACGUUUAUCUCAACAAGCAAAUAAUAGGUAUAGUUUUGAGGAUACUACGGCUUCACACAACAAUUCAAAUUCAUUAAUGUUGGAUAAGAUAAAUACAUCUAAUUCAAAAGGAACAUUGAACAAUGAUGACACUAUAGAUUAUCAAGAAUCACCUUGUAUACAUAGUGUGGAUACAAAAUCCGAUUGUAGCAAUUCAAAUAUAAACAGCUUUGAAAAAAAUUCUUUUAAGGCCAUAUACUCCUCAAUUGAUGUAUCAAAAGAUCCACCUGUGAGACAAAUUAAUUCUGGUUGGUUACAAAGAGCCAUUGGCGAGAAAAUAUCAGAAAGUACUCAGAUUACAGAGAGUAAAGAAACAUUUGGUUUAAGUAAUGUUUUAAAGCAAAAUAUCUUUGAAAAAACUACUGAUUAUGUCGAAAAUAGUGAAUCUGAAGAUGACAAUAUAACACUAAGUAAAUUGAAACCAGCUCUUAAAAAAAGAAAAUUGACAAACAAUAUUAAUGAAAAUAUUAAUAGGCAUGAUAAUAGUACUUUGGAUCCAAAAAAUAAAAAUGAAAUUCAAGUUCAACACAAUGAAAAUAAAUUGAGGGUGAAAUAUUCCAAAGCCAAAAGUUCUCAGAAGGCAGUUCAUAGUGAAAGUAACAAACCACCUGAUAUAUCAGAAUUUUUACCAUUUGGUUUAAAAGAAAAAGUAUAUCCAAGACAUUCCAAUGUUGCAGAUAUCCUUAAAACAAUUAAUGUAAAGUCGAAUGAAUCUCAACCGUUUCAAGAUAAUGUAGAAGAUAAACUACAUAAGAAGAUGCAAAAUGGUACAAUUAAUGAUAACUUUGUGAAGAUAAAUAUAGAAAAAAAAGUUUAUGCAAGAGGUAAAAAAUCUAUAAAAUAUUCAAAGUAUAAAAAGCAAUUAUGGAAAGAUAAAAAAGCUCUACAUGCUGGUAUGGAAUUUCCUGAAUCAGGUAAAGUUACAUGUUUUAAAUGUGGUUCUGGUGGUCACAUGGCUCGUUAUUGUACAGCACAUAAAGAAAAUGUCUUGUUACCACUCGACAAUUGUGAAAGUGAAGACUUCCCCACUCUUAAUGAUAUGGAAAAAUUUGUUAAUAUAAAGUCAAACAAAGUCAGCCUUGAUGAAGAAUUACAUACCUGUGUAUUUGAAGCUAGUAAGAUCCCAGACAGUUUUAUCAAAUUACUUGCUAAUACCUCUGGUAAUUCAGAUCUUAUAAAACCUAUUCUGUCUAAACCUGAAGAUACUUCUAAAGAAUUGCAUAAAGCUCUCCAAUUGUUCGGUCAUACCCAGUUUCGUCCUGGACAAGAAAAAGCAAUUCGUAGAAUUUUGUCUGGGUUAUCUACACUUCUCAUAUUAUCAACCGGCAGUGGGAAAUCAUUAUGUUACCAAUUACCUGCAUAUAUUUAUAGUUCUUACUAUAAAUGCAUAACAUUAGUAAUAUCCCCACUUGUUUCAUUAAUGGAAGAUCAAGUACUUAGCAUGCCUGAAUUUUUAAAAGCAGGAUGCUUACAUACAAAUCAACCACCUACUCAAAGGAAGAAAAUUGUGGAAUUACUUAAAUCUGGACAAAUAAAUAUACUCCUUAUAUCUCCCGAAGCACUUAUAUCAGGUGAUAGUUCAAAUGGUUUUGCAGGUUUAUUUAAAUCAUUGCCACCAAUUGCAUUUGCUUGUAUUGAUGAAGCUCACUGUGUAUCGCAAUGGAGUCAUAAUUUUAGACCAAGUUAUUUAAUGAUUUGUAAAGUAUUGCAAGAAAAGUUAAAUGUCAAGUGUAUACUUGGCCUUACAGCUACAGCUAGCAAACCAACUAUAAAAAGUGUCAUCGAACAUAUUAAUGUACCUGAUGGAGUGGAUGGUGUUGUAACUAAUCCUUCUCUACCAAGAAAUCUUUUCUUAUCAAUGUCCUAUGAAAAAGAUAAAGAUAAAGCCUUAGUUGCAUUAUUAGGAUCUGAAAAGUUUAAUUCUUUUCAUUCAAUAAUAGUUUAUUGUAUUAGAAGAAAUGAAUGCGAAAGGAUAGCAGCUGUAUUAAGAUCAUGUUUAUCUGAACCUGGUAAAAUUAAUAUGGAGCAGCAAAGCAAAAAACGCAAAAGGAUGUCUUAUAUUGCUGAAGCAUAUCACGCUGGAAUGUCAGCUGCACAACGGAAAAAAAUACAAAAACAUUUCAUGGAUGGCACUUUAAAAAUUAUUGUCGCUACAGUGGCUUUUGGAAUGGGUAUAAACAAAUCGGAUAUACGAUGUAUAAUUCAUUAUAAUAUGCCACCAAGCUUUGAGUCUUAUGUUCAAGAGGUAGGACGAGCUGGACGUGAUGGACUUCCAGCAUAUUGUCAUGUACUAAUGAGUAAAACUGAUAAUGAUAAAGAUGAGCUACUUAAACAUGUUUAUUCUAAUUCUAUUGAUAGGCCAAUUAUUAGAAAAUUACUUGAAAAAGUUUUUAUCCCUUGCAAAUGUGUACCAGAAAUAAUAUCAACUACUAGUAAUUCAUUGAAUUCAUCAUCAAAAUGUAAUGGACAUGAAGUUGGUAUACCCAUUGAAAGCACAGUAGAAGAACUAGAUUUACCUUCUGAAAAUAUUGCAACAUUAUUGUGUUAUGUUGAAUUGCACAAAAAUAAAUAUAUUACUGUUCUAAAUAAUGCUUACACAAUGUGUAAAAUAUCAUCGUAUGGUGGCGCAACAAAAAUUCUAGAAGCUGCCAAAGGUUGCCCACCUUUGGCUAUGGCAUAUUUAGUUGAAGGCAAAAGAAAUCCAAAUGUUACAAAGCAAAGUGUCCUAGAAUUUAAUGUUAUUGAAGUUGCUGCAGCUAUAGGAUGGGAAAGUGGAAUGUCAAAAUAUCACUUAAAAAACUUGGAGUGGACUAUGAAAGAUGGAGUGUCAAAACGGUCGUUUUUAAAAGUGGAAUUUCAUACCCUUGGCUUUCGUAUAAAAGCACCUGGAGAUUUAAAUUCAUCUGAACUUGAUGAAAUUUUAGAUGAUUUACAUAAAAUUGUUCAUGGUCAAGAGAAAAAAAUGUUACAUCAACUUGAAGAAAUCCAUAAUUCUUUUCAACGACUUUGUACUGAUUCUUUCAGUGUAAUAAGUUGCUCAGAUGAAAUGUUAGAAGAAAAAUCAAAUAAAUUAAAAAAUAUAAUUGAUAAUUAUUUUGAUAGAGAAGAAAAUGUUCCCGCAAAUAUAAGUUUACAACCACGACCCUUGCAUUACGAACAAGUUGCAGCUGAUGUAAGGGCGCUAAUCGCUAUGUACAAAGAUUGUAAAUUCACAGGUAGAAGCAUAGCAAGAAUAUUUCAGGGUAUAUCUUCUCCUAACUAUCCAGCCUUAGUAUGGGGUCGUUGUAAAUAUUGGCGAUCGCAUUUAUCGGAAGACUUUAAUGGUUUAAUUAAAAUUGCGACCCAACAAAUCAUUCAAAUGAAAUUGUAA